ACCAUCGUAAAACCCUUCUUCCGCUUCACCUCAUUUCACCAAACCCUAACAGAGGAGAGAGAAAACUCAAAAAAACACAAAAAUGGUGCAGAGGCUGACUUACCGUAGACGGCAUAGCUAUGCCACUAAGUCUAACCAGCAUCGCAUCGUCAAAACUCCUGGUGGUAAAUUAGUUUACCAGACUACUAAGAAGAGGGCUAGCGGUCCUAAAUGUCCUGUUACUGGCAAGAGAAUCCAAGGGAUUCCUCACUUGAGACCCACUGAAUACAAGAGGUCUAGAUUGCCCAGGAAUAGAAGAACUGUGAACCGUCCUUAUGGUGGAGUUCUGUCUGGUAGUGCUGUCAGAGAGCGUAUCAUAAGAGCAUUCCUUGUUGAAGAGCAAAAGAUUGUGAAGAAGGUUUUGAAGAUCCAAAAAACCAAGGAAAAGCAGGCCGGAAAGAGUUGAAGUUAGGAGCCAUUGUAUUUGAUGGUAAAUUUUGGAGCCUCAUUGAGCAAACUAUGGAACUUGGAAAGUGUGAUGUGAAGGUCUUGAAAAUUGGAUUUGUAUUUUACAGUUGGGGUUACUCAAGAGCGUAGUUGUAGUUGCACUUUGUCGACAAUUCUGCCAUUCUCUGUUAUUUCUGUUCAAAAUUUUCUUGGUUUUUAUGUCAAAUACAUCUAAGAUGAAUUGUUGUGCAAUAUUAGAUGAUUGGAUUUCUUUGAAUCAGCA